AUGGACCACAAAACAGAUGGCAAAGAAGACCACAAAAGAGAAGGCAAAACUGAAGGCGAAACGGGACAGACCGGCAAGGAAGAUGCUGGCGACACAACCGAGGGCGCCGACCAAAGGGAAAAGUGGACCGCCGCACCGGAAGAGAGCACAUCGUAUAGGUCUCUGUACAAACACAACUACAAAGCGCACGUGUACGCGGAUGAUUUUGUGUGCCUUCGAUUGAAAGGUCGUGGAGGUGAGGGGCACGAUGAUGGAAGCAGUGAACCGCAGCAGUGUGUAGAGCCGUUCGAGGGGGAUCUCCCAGUGGGUGGCUGCCCACAUGAUGAUACACCUGUUGGGGAGUUAAGUACUAAAAGGGACAACAAUGAGGAGGUUGCUGCCACAGGGAGGGACAACCUGUGUGGGGUUGCAGUCGAUAGGAUUGACGAAGCAAACCCCCCAAGGGAGGAUGCUCAGUACGUUCAGGUAGGCAGCAGAAUGGAGGACCACCAACCAGACGAAGCGAUAUACUCCCAAGCGGGGACACAACAUAGCAAUCACGCUAAUGAGGAGAAGAGGGAAAACUCGGAUCUUCAGCCUCACUCCGAUGAUAAUUACACCCUUCAAGAAAGCUACAGCAGUGACUGCCAUCUGAAGGAGGAAAUGCCACACGAGAGUAACCAACCCAGUGAGGACCUGCCCAGCUGGGAAGCACACAAAAUGAAGGAGAAGGACCAACCCCCAGAGAAACAAAACAAAAUUAAAAUUAUUGAAAUGUUUAAGAUGAAGCUGGAGAGUAAGGAGAUGAACAGGAGUCGCCAUUUCGGUGAUGACGUCCGUGGGGGGGGUCCCGGUGGCGCUCAUCACGAUGGGUAUGGCGAUGGGCGUGACGAUGGGCGUGACGAUGGGCGUGACGAUGGGCAUGACGAUGGGCAUGGUGAUGGGCAUGACCACUCGGGGGGCGCCUCCCCCGGUGCCUCUAACCGCUGCACGCAGAUACGGGAGAGCAUCUCUCGCAUAUUCAGCGAGUCGCCCUCCUCCAAGCCGAAGAUAAUAAGCGAGCUGAAGCACGGCGAGGGGCACCCCAACAGCGGUAGCAACGGAAGCGGCAGCCACCACAGCAGCGGUACCCACCACGGAAGCGGUAGCAACGGAAGCGGCAGCCACGAACGGGAGAGGGCGGACGGAAAGGCCAACGGAGCGAAGAACGCAUUGAAGGAGGGAAGCCUCUUGAGGCUCUUCAGAUGCGAAUACUUUGACACCCACCUGCACAUUAGGUACCUCUACGACAGGAGAGAAGUGGGGGUCCACGAGUACCUGGUGAAUUCCCUUUACACGCAGAGGAAGUACGAGGAUAUAUUAUUUUACCUCCCGCAGCUCAGUCAAAUUUCGCUAGUCCGUUACGAGUCCUCUUCCCUCUAUCGCUUCCUCCUUUGCAAAGCCAGCAACUCCAUGCACUUCGCAUUAAAGCUCAGCUGGAUCUAUCAUUCUAUAGUAGAGGACAACUCUUCAAAAUAUAAGGACUUGGCUCACAAGAUGACUCAAGAAAUUGAAAUGGCUGUGGUGAAUUGCAAACCAUUUAACGGUAAAGGCACCUCGGGGAACGAGAAUAAGCAGUCGUACCUGCUGAACCUCGCCCACCCGCUCCUCUUCAAAAGGAAGUACCUCAUUAAAAGGAUCAAAGAUAAUGAGCGGUUCGAGCGCACGAAGCUAUCCAGGAAUUGCCUGAACAGGUCAUGCAACUUGUGCUUGCUGAAGGGGGGGGAAGAGUCCACGCAGAGCGGGAUGGAAGUGGCUGUGCAAGGCGAAACGCAGAGGAACUCCCAAAGCGCUGAUCUGAGUUCCGCUCCAAAUGCCGCUCCAAGCGCCGCUCCAAACGCCGCUGCUCAUGCCGCCACACAUGCCGCUGCACAUGCCUCGCCCAAGAAGCGGCGCAAACGGGAGGCGACGAGCACAGCGCCGCCCCCCAAGCUGCCCCAGUGCUACAUUGUCAACUCGGGCGCCCUCUCCAUAGCCAGGGCCAGAGUGAAGCUCCCCAGCACCUACGCCAAGCUGGGCAACCCCCUCAGCGCAUCCAAGUUCUUCCUCCCAGAAUUUAAUUGCACCUUUGAUAUGAUAGGAGAGCUGCAGCAGUUUUUUAUGAAGCAGAGGAGGUGCGAUUACUUUAGCCUCCUGAACAACUUUGUGAACUUGACCAUCUCCGUUUCUAACCUUCUGUCCACCGAACCAGAUGUAGAGAUACGCAACGAGCUCCUCAACAGAUUCAUUUACUCUUUAAACAGUUGGAUGCUCAUGCGUAGGUGCAUCGUGGCUGCAUGUACUAACGUUUUUUCCAUGACGGGGCUGUGCAUUCCGCUCGAGUGCCUGUCCCCCCCCCAGAGCGGCCAGCGAACGGAGCCGACCCCAAGCAGCAAUGGCAGCAAUAGCAACGGUAGCAGCAACAUCAGCGGUAGCAGCGGCAGCAGCGGCAGCGGCUUGCAGAUCCUUCACUUUAACUACGAUGAGUGCAAAAUAUUUUUCUCCAAGAAGAGGGCGCCCUACCUGCUCAUGUUCGAGGUGGCGGACCUGGACGAGGACAUCAGCCACAUUCCGGACGGUCUCUUUUACCCCUCCAGCGUGGGGGGGGAUGAAGCGGCGGGUGAGGAGGAGGAAGAAGCAGGUCAAACGGCGAGCGAAACGGCGGGUGAGGCAGCGGAUGGUGCAACCCGUGGCGUGACUGACGAACCGACGUCGCAACCGACGCCGCCACCGCGAAGGAAGGGCCACCGCAUCGAAAGGAACUUCUGUUCCUCUAAAAACUACGGGCUCUUCAACGAGAACAGCAGCUCCUACGACUACGAGCCGCGAGGCGGGGUGCAUGAUGGGAAGAGGAAGAAGAAGAAGAAAAAGAAGAAGAGGAGAAGCGAAAGUGGGGAGGACGACGAGGGGGGGGCGCACACCGGCCAGAGUGGUUCAGAAGUGGAUCGGGGGAAGGAGGAACGCGGGAAAGGCGCGCAGGGAAAAAAAACAACCGGCGCGGACCUGGACGCUCUGAAAAUGGAGCACAUGUACGUAUACAACUGCAUAGUGAACGACCUGCGAAAGGAGAAUUUGAUUUCGUUCCCCUCGGGGGAGGAGGACAGCCUCUCCAUAAUUAGGAAGUGCAUAGGGAUGAGGGCGGACGAGGAGGACGAGGAGGGGGGAGACACGGAGGGGGGCGACACGAACGGGGGCGAUCCGGGCGAUCCGAGCGAACCGAGCAACCUCGGGCAGGGCGGCCCCGGUUGGGGGGCCCCCCCCGCGGAGGAAGGCCCCCGGGAGGCAACCAAGAGCUUCCUGGUGAACGCCCGCUCCGCGUCUAUGCCCAACUAUCUAAGUAGCUCCCUGGAGAGGUGCAACAUCAGCUCGAACGACAAUGACAGCAAUGAAGUGAAAACGUCUGUGGAGAGCAUCAGCAGUGGGCUGGCUGACCUCCCACCUGGGGGGUUGCACGGAAGUGAGGUGGACGCUCAGGUGGACGCCCAGGAGGAUGCCCAGGUGGAAGCUCCAGAUGGAGGAUGGAGCCCCUCCCCGGGUAAACGCCCCAAUGAUAGUGGUGUCACUGCAGAUCAACCGUUAGAAGGCGCCGCCCCCUCCCCACACAGCAGCUUCUUACACGCGGGGGAGAAAACAGGCGACGCGCUAGACAUCGACGAGUACUUCAAACCAGCGAAUUACACCAACGAGGAAUUUAAAAAAAGGUAUUGUAGAGUUAUAAAGAGGCUGCUAUGGGGAGAGCUAUUUGAAGAAAAAAAAAAAAAAAUUAGGAAAACGUCAGCUUAUGGGAAGUUAAAGACAUGGGAUUUGAAGUGCGUAAUCGUUAAGGGUGGGGAUGACUUGAGGCAGGAGCUGCUGGCAUCCCAACUGAUUCGCCAGUUUAAAAUUAUUUUUGAGAAUGCGGGCCUGCCGCUGUGGCUACGCCCCUACGAAAUUCUAGUGACGGGGGCAAACUCCGGCAUCAUUGAAUACGUAAAUGACACCUGCUCGGUGGACUCGCUCAAGCGGAAGUUCGGCGCCGACAGCAUCUCCACCAUCUUCAACGUGGUCUUCGCGGACUACAUCUUCGAGGCCAAGAAGAACUUCAUCGAGAGCCACGCAGCCUACUCGCUCGUCUCGUACCUCCUCCAGGUGAAGGACAGGCACAACGGAAACCUCCUGCUGGACUCGGACGGACACCUCAUCCACAUAGACUACGGCUUCAUGCUCACCAACUCCCCUGGAAACGUAAAUUUUGAGACCUCCCCCUUCAAACUCACCCAAGAAUACCUAGACAUCAUGGACGGAGAAAAGUCAGAAAAUUAUGAGUACUUCAGGCGCCUCAUCGUCAGUGGCUUCCUCGAGGCCCGCAAGCACUCGGAGGAGAUCAUCCUCUUCGUCGAGCUGAUGAUGCCAGCUUUAAAAAUCCCCUGCUUUGCGAACGGCACGCAGUUCUGCAUCGACUCGCUGAAGGAGCGCUUCAUGACGAACCUGGCCGUCGACGUGUGCAUCCAACGAAUCAACGCCCUCAUUGAGUCCUCCAUCAAUAAUUUUAGAAGCGUCCAGUACGACUACUUCCAGAGAAUCACCAACGGAAUUAUGUGA